AUGCGUUCGUCCACCACCGAUUCUGGGACUAUGUUUUCCUUCCUCGCCAUUCUUGUAAGCCUUCUUCCCGUCGCUUCAGCCUCGACCUCUUACACCGUUAACGGCAAUAAAUACAACGUCGACGAAGUUAUAACUCGAGAUGUUACCAUUCUUGGGGGAGGCUCAGGCGGGACCUACUCCGCAAUCCGCCUCAAUGAUCUAGGGAAAAGUGUAGCAGUGGUAGAGGCAGCAGGCCGCCUGGGAGGUAACACCGAAACCUACAUCGAUCCAGGAACUGGCACUCCAAUCGAAGUGGGCGUACAAUUCUUCCACAACUUCACCGUUGUAACCGACUACUUUGCUCGCCUCGGCGUAGCUUUGACAACUGUUCAAGCUGGCCCUAACCCCAACACAAGUGUAAUAACCUCAUAUGUCGACUUCCUGACCGGGCUACCAGACCCAAGCUAUGUCUUUCCCAACUUCACUGCCGCGCUCGGCGCAUACGCUGCACAACUAUUCCAAUAUCCAUAUCUCGACCUCGGUUUCGACCUCCCCUCUCCCGUGCCCUCCGACCUCCUCCUUCCAUUUGGGCAAUUCGUCACAAAAUACUCUCUCCAACCAUUGGUCCCUUUCGCCUGGAUCUGGUGCCAAGGUAUCGGAGACCUGCUCGCUACACCCACCAUCUACAUCAUGAAAUACCUCGGUCUCAGCUCCCUGCAAAGCCUGCAAGAGGGGUUCUUGGCUACCGCUCUGCACGACAAUAGUCUUCUCUACCUUUCCGCGGAAAGGGUCCUAGGGUCGAACGUGCUGUACAAUAGCACAAUCCUAGCCGUAAAGCGAACGAACGACUAUGUGCAAACAGUCAUCAAGCAAGGCUCCAAAACGACACUGAUAAAAUCGUCGCAGCUGAUCGUCGCUAUCCCUCCUACAGUGCAAAAUAUGAAAGUCUUCGAUAGCACGCACCAGGAAAAUCGGCUGUUCAGCCAGUUCACAUACAGCGAGUACUUCACUGCGUUGCUGAGAGGUACAGGGAUCCCGGACACCGUUACCUUGAGUAAUGUUUCACCAGGUGCGAAUUUCAGUUUGCCGCUUCCGCCGAAUGUUUAUGCGGUUGACCAGACGGGCGUCAGUGGGUUGGUGGCUGUGACGUAUGUUAGUACGACGGCGACGGUGGGGGAUGAGAUCGCGAAUUUGGUUGUGGAGCAGAUCAAGAACGUCCAAGUUGAAGGGAAGGGGGUAAGCGAGCCAGUGUAUGCUGUAAAGAGUAAUCAUCGGCCGUUUGAGCUAAGGGUUGAUGCGAAGGCUAUUAAGAAUGGGUUUUAUGCGGAUCUUUACUCGCUGCAAGGGGAGAAGAGGACGUGGUGGACAGGUGCGGCGUGGCAUGCACAUGAUUCGAGUUUGAUUUGGAGGUUUACGGAGGGCUUUCUGUCUAAUAUUACUGCGGCUGUGUAGAAUGGGUUCGGAAAUAAGGAUGACUCUCUCACUUGAUUGGCUUAGCUUGAAGGUUGAUCAAAAUGAAACAGAUA